AUGGAAGAUUGGUCAGUCACCACUUUCCCGCUUUCUGUGAGUGGCCAGAGGCAUCCUCACGACAAAGUAGUGAAGGAGAUCCAAAUCCCGCUUCGCUCGGUUCACUCGUUGGUGGCUUUCGGGCCUGCCGUGGUGGAGGGCAUGGUGGAUGAGGAGCAGGUGGAGGGCUAUGAUAUUUUCUUCGCAGACGACUGCGGAGAGGCGAUGGGCGCGGCGAUCGCAAGGGUGCCAAGGGCCCCCAUCAUGGCCAAGGGUGGCUGCUGCGAGGUGAUGCACUACACGGUGGACCUGGCGGCCGUGGUGCCGCAGGGCGCCGCCAAGCUGCUGGUGGCGACACGGGGCAUCCGCACCGGCAAGGCUGUGGACAUCAACGACUUCGCGUUGGGUCCCACAACCACCACAGCUGGGCGCAAGACCCCGGUGACGGGUGCUUCCGCCUGUUUUUCACUGUGGCUGCCCGCUAUGGCGUUGGCCUGGGUUAUGGCACGGCCGUUGGACCGCGCGGCCUUCGAUUCCAAAGCGGUCGUUAGCAAGGGCCUGAGCCGGGAAGGCUCAAACGCCGACAAUCUCAAGGAGCACGCCUGGUGCGAAAGCUGCCAGCGCGCGGAUUUCGGUUGCUUCUGCCCCCAGUGCGGCCAUCCCUUGGUGCGGCACAAGAAGGCGGUUGUGACGCCCACCGGGCAGUGGCUGCUGGGAGAAGAAAGGCAAGUGAAGCUGGAGCCGAGAACCGAAAGGCUGCAUAGCACCGAGCAGGAGGAUUCACAGUUGGAGCCAGCGAGAUCAAAGCGCAGGCUGAUCUUUGGGGACGAUUCUGGCAACGACUUGCCGGAGACGCAACUGGAGCCAGAGACACCGGGCGCCGUGUCCGAGCAGCCUGAGCAAGAGCCGCCCAGGCUUGCGGCCACAUCAGACGCAGAGGCUGUGCACAAGAAGCCCAGACCACCCACGCCGAAACGAAGGCUGAUCUUUGGCGACGAUUCUGGCGAUGAAGUGCCGGAGACGCAACUGGAGCCAGACACACAGGGCACUGCUUCUACACAUUGCGCUGUGUCCAAGCAGCCAGAGCAAGAGCCGCCCAGGCUUGCGGUCACAUCAGACGCAGAGGGUGUGCACAAGAAGCCCAGACCACCCACGCCGAAACGAAGGCUGAUCUUUGGCGACGAUUCUGGCGAUGAAGUGCCGGAGACGCAACUGGAGCCAGAGACGCAGGGCACUGCUUCUACACAUGGCGCUGUGUCCAAGCAGCCAGAGCAAGAGCCGCCCAGGCUUGCGGCCGCAUCAGACGCAGAGGCUGCGCACAAGAAGCCCAGACCACCCACGCCGAAGCGCAGGCUGAUCUUCGGCAACGAUUCUCGCGGCGGCGUGCCGGAGACGCAGCUGGAGCCAGAGACACAGAGCAGGACUUCUACACAUUGCGCUGUGUCCGAGCAGCCAGAGCAAGAGCCGCCCAGGCUUGCGGCCGCAUCAGACGCACAGGCUCUUGACAAGAAGCCCAGACCACCCACGCCGAAACGCAGGCUGAUCUUCGGCAACGGUUCUCGCGGCGGUGUGGCGGAGACGCAACUGGAGCCUGAGACGCAGGGCAUGGCUUCUACAAACGGCGCUGUGUCCAAGCCUAGGCAGCCAAAGCAAGCGCCGCCCAGGCUUGCGGCCAAAGCAGAUGCGGAGUUUGUGCAGGAGCAACGAGCUGAGGCUCCAACAGCUCAAUCGCCCAGGCCUGCCUCCACGGCAGCUUGCGCGGAGGCCACCACACCGAAGCCUCGCAGGCGCACCAUGCUGGCGGUGCUGCGUGACGGCACGCCCGUCCGCAGUGAGGCUUUGGUGGAAGUCAAGGAGCCACAAAAGUCCCCAUGGCAGGGCCGGUUCCUGUCCUUUGUGCAGCAGCGUCGCUUGUCCCGGGCACCCAUGCCCAACAAGCGGAUGCGCAAGAAGCAGCGCCCCGAGCGGCACAUGCGGAACGAGAUCGUGGUCUCCGAGUUCGGCGGCGAGUGUGCCAAAGAUGCUUACCAGGUUUUCAGCAACUUUGAGGCAUCAGGGGGCGCGGAGCCCAAUGCCGCGCUGGCGCGACUGCGGGCGCUCAAGGCGCUGCACACCGGGGUGAACGAGUUCCCGGAGGCGCUGCGGAGCUGCGCUCAGGCCAUUCUCUGCGCCGGGGAGUGCCGGUCCAGCUUUCUGCUGGUCGAUGGCUGCUUGGACCUUUUGGCCACCAUCGCGCAGGAGGCUGGAGCGCAGUCGCGCUUGCUCGCCUGGCUGGUGCAGUGCCUGGGAGGGGAGGCGCAGGCGCUCAAGGACCGGGCGGCCAGGUGUCGGGCGGCCAGUCUCUUGUGGCGCCUUUUGCCGGGACCAGAAGAGCUCAACAGCCAGGUGUCCCGCCUGGUGCUGGACGCGGCGGGUAUGGCGCUGCUGGACUUGGCCAAGGACAAGGCGCCAGCCAUUCGCUUGGCGGCCACACGCGGCCUGAGCCGACUCAAAGGCGUGGCCUUCCGCUCGGCGCUGCUGCGGCUCACCGUGGACUGCACGCCGGCGGUGCGCACCGCCGCGCUGCAGCAGCUGGGGCCCAGAGCGGACCAGGCCAGCGGGCGCUGCUUGGACGCCGCGCUCCGGGUGCGGCUGGGACUCUUCGAGGCGCUGGCGCAGGAGGAUCUACCAGAGCUGCCAGUGGAGGUUGUGCAGAUUGGCUUGAAGGAUGCCAACGCCGAGGUCCGGGCAGCCUGCGUGUCGAUGCUGAAUACUUGGGCAGCGCGCCGGGAGCCAGGCGAAGCCUUCCUUCUGGUCGCCGCACUGGAAGAGCCCCUGGCGGAAGCGGCGCUGCGCGGGCUGCUGGCUCUUCCGGAGUGGGCCGAGUUCCGGGAUGGUGUGGCCGCAAGGACACCCAGCGACGCAUCAUCGGCGCUGAUUUGGCGUGUGGCGACGCAGCUCGCCCCGGAGCUUCCAGCGGAGGCGAAGCCCUUGUGCCAACAGGCUGCGGAAGCGCUGGGGGAGGAACAGUUCGAGGUGCUGCGACAGGUCCUCCGACUGCUGCUGGAGGAGGGGGAAGGACCCACAGAGGAUUUGGCAGAGCUGGCGCUGGCGGUGCUACGCAUAGCGCCUGCGCGGUGCGGGCAGCGGAGCCCAGGCGCCCACCCUGCGACGAGCCUCUUCAGCCUGGCCAUGGCAUUGCUGCGACGCAUGGUGCCGCUGGAGGAGCUCCAGAUGUUGGUGGCUAGCCUCCUGGAAGACUUUCGCUACGGCCUCGAGGCCCAGCGCAAGCUCGCGGAGAAGACACUGAGAGGUUUGUACGUGAUCGAGGCGGCGCUUUGCCAGUCCAAAGAGACUCUGACGCUUGGCGAGAACUUGCUGGAAGACUGGCUGCGGCCUGCCAUGGACCAUCCGGAUGCAACGCCUGAGCAGCGAGCACUGGCAGUGAGGUGCCUGGCUCUGCAUGGCUCCGGCGAGGAGGAGGCAAUGACGUACUGGCCCUUCUUCUUGGAGCUCUUGAGGAGCUCCCGGCAGGAUGACAUCAUAGAGACCUGCGGCCUCUUCCUCACCGACGUGCUGCUGCAACGCGACGGGCUUGGCGACGCCGCGCUCAGCGCGUGGCCCGCGCUACGCAGCGCAGCGCUCCGUGCUGCCCGGCCGCUGCGCAGGCGCCUUGCGGAGCGUUUGAUGACGCUGUUGCUCUACAGCGCGCCAGGGGAGGCGGAGAUAGAGGCAAGCUGGUCCCUGGCCUGGCUCAUGUUGGAGGCCUUCCACACGGAGCCGGAGGUGUGUCAAGCACUGGACCUAGAGGCUGCGGAGGAAGCUGCCUUUAGGGGACGGCUGCUGUGCUUCUUCGGCUGCCUGGGCCGGGCCUCCGUUGCACACGCGCGGCUGAUGGCGCGGGCGCUUCAGCUGCUCCUCAGCACCGACCUCUGGCGCUUGGGUGCCCUGCAACCUCUCGCUUCAGGUCCUCGAGGCGCCCAGUGGCGUUUGGUGCAUAUGCCCCGCCUGGUGCGCCUGGUGUGCCAACAGCUGGCGGCCUCCUGCGCCGCCAGGCGGCAAGCGGAGCACUUGGCGGGGUUCUGGCUGGAGCAGAUCUGGCGGCCGCUGGCCUUGCUCUGCCUGGACUCGGCAGAAGACUCCUCGCCGCUGCUGGCGGAGCUGUUGGCGGCGAUCAGCGCGCCGCUGCUGCCGGCGGCGGGGAAGGCGCCUUUGGCGGCGGCCAAUCAGCUGUGGCCGCGCCUGAAGCAGGAGGUUGUCGAGUCCUGCCAAGAGAUCGAGAAGACGUGCAAGUCUACUAGAGAUGCCGCACAGCUGCUGCAGGCGGUCCGUGCCCUGAUCCCUCCGCUUGCAGAGGAUGACGCCAAUGAUGCGGCCCUUUGCUGGAAGGCCAAGGCGGCGCGGCAGAGCCGGCAAGCGCUGCGGGCGCAGCUGCAGCGCCGGGAGAUCCGCGCGGAGCAGCUGCUGGCACACUUUCGUGGCGCAGGCGCAGGUCGCAAGCGCUCGGAUCUCUCGGACGAUGACAGUGAGGUACCCCGGAAGCGAGUGAGGAGAACCCUGUUUCUUGGCACGCCUGGCGAAUGAGAAGCUGAGCGAGAGAACAGAAGUCUGGCUCGCCCAAUCGCUGCAAGG